AUGACUACCCGUCCAGGAGUAGAGGUGCCGCUGGCCGCGCCCCAGGAUACCGCAGAACAGGAGACCACCCCAUUAUUGAGCCAGGGAAAUAUCAAUGACGACUUGGAAACACAACAGCAAGACUCAGUGUCAGAAAGUCAGCAAGAGCAGUCCAAGCGAUCUGUCUUUGGCAUCAUCUCGGUUCUAUUAAUCGGUGUCUUUGUUUCUCAAGCCGAUACGACCCUGGUCUUCGCAACAUACGCACACAUCACGUCCGAAUUUAUAAGAUUGGGAGGUGGCAGCUGGAUUGAUGGCAGUUGGAUAGUGACGAGUUUUGGUCUGGCCACUUGCGCUACGCAGCCCAUGUAUGGACGCCUCAGCCAGAUCUUUGGAAGGAAGCCAAUCCUGCAGAUUUCUUAUACCCUUUUCCUUGUCGGCACUGCCAUUGCUGGAAUCGCUAGAAAUAUGGAACAGAUGAUCGUUGGACGCGUCAUACAAGGUGCUGGAAGUGCUGGCAUGGUUUCUAUGGUGUCUAUCCUACUCACUGAUUUGGUACCGCUCCAUGAGGUUGCAGCAUACAGGAGUUACGUCAAUGUCUUCUCUACAGUUGGAAGAAGUUGUGGAGGUCUGAUAGGUGGCUUUCUAUCCCAGACUAUAGGAUGGCGAUGGGCUUUCAUCGGACAAUGUCCACUCUUGCUGCUCUCUAUCGUCUUGGUCUGGUGGAAGCUCGAGGAACCGCAGCAUGAUGUCGAGCUCAAGCAAAGCAUUUGGACAAAAUUAAAACGCAUCGACAUUGUUGGAGCUUUCUUCAUGUCCGUCGCUAUCUUGGCGGGUAUCACUGCCCUUGAUCUUGGAAGUAAAAAAUCCAGUUCUUCUGUGGUCAUCAGUUUAGUCGUGAUUGGCGUCAUCGCUGCGAUACUUUUUGCUCUCGCUGAGAAGUUCUGGGCAAAAGAGCCGAUCUUUCCUCUAGAACUCCUUGGAAAAGAUGCAGUAAUCACGUCGUACUCGAUCAUCUUCAUCCAGACCGGUAUACAAGUAGCACUCAUGUUCCUGGUGCCUCUAUACUUCCAGGUAACUGCAAACGCAAGUAUGGGGGAAGCUGGCGCCCACCUUGUUCCUGCCGUCUUUGGCAAUACUCUCGGCGGCCUUGCUGUUGGUGCAUGGAUCAAGCGUACUGGCCGCUACAAGCCGCCGACUGUUCUGGCUAGUCUGUCUGCCAUGCUUUGUUUCUCUCUCCUUCUCAUCAUUUGGCGAGGCCACACAAGCACCGCUGGCUCUUUGGUGAUUUUCUUUGGCGGCUGCGCGUCGGGCAUGGCAAACUCUGCUGUCUUUGUCGGGUUGACUGCGGGCGUCGAGAAAAGCCAGAUGGCUAUUGCAACCACUGGGAUGUACCUCAGCGCAAACAUCAGUAUGGUGGUAGGUGUCAGCGUUGCUAGUGCAAUCUUCCACUCUGCAUUACGGUCGAAUCUCCACAGAAUGUUGGGCAGGGUGGUAGGAGGAGACGAGAUCGCUCGAAAAGUACUAUCGGAUGUUGCGUACGUGCAAACACUGCACGGUCCUCUGCACCGAUUAAUCAUUCGUGCAUUCGUGGCGAGUUUCCGGAGAACUUUUGCGGUACAAAUCGCCUUGGCAAGUACGGCGCUGGUUAUUGGUAUACUGUCAAAGCAAAGAAAAAUCACUCGCUAA